AUGGCAUCGAGUCUCGAUGAUGAGAUUGAGGCUCUACAAGCGAGGGUAUCUGCACUCAAGAAACAACUCAGCAUCCACACUUCAACUCUCAUCGCAGCCCGUUCAACGCGUCAACUCCUGGCCCAAGAGGACAACACCGCCAUCGACGCAUCACUCAAACAAAAACUCCUCACUCAGUCCGACCUUCAGCAAGCCCACAACCAACAUUGUCUCUACCGCGCCUGCGCGACCCUCACCACCUUCCGCGCGCGCGACCCGGACCCGCACGCCGUCGACGGCGGCGCCAUCCUAGGCUUGCGCAUCGAGGUGACCAGCCGUGCCAAGUUCCUCCGCCCGUACUACGUCCUGAUGAACAGGCCGUACGUGGGCGCCCGCCACCUGCGCGUGCACCGGCACACCCUCCCGCCCUGCAUACCCCUCGCGGGGCUGGCGGCCAGGUAUCUGCCCCCGCCGUCUGCAUCGUCGUCAUCGAGAUCGGGAGGAGGAGGAGGAGGCGGUGAUGGUGGCUCGAAGGAUACUACCACACGGCAGGAUCUGGCGAGGUUCGCCCGCGCUCUGAGGAGGGAGGUGGUGCGGUAUCAUCACCGGCUGGGCGUCGUGGCGGAUCUGAGGAAGGCGGCUGGGUUGGGGAGGAAGAAGGAUGUCGAUGAAGGGGAUGAUGAGGGUGGGGUUGGGCAAGGAUCCCGGCCGGUCCAGCUGGUGGAUAUCGCACCUGCCGAUGCUGAGACCAAGCAGAUUACUCUCGAGUGGGCCGACGGGCGCACUGGCCGGCUAGUCAUGGGUGACGACGGCGAGAUUGUCAAGCUGGUGGUGCUGGGCGAAAAUGGCCGGGACCGAGAGGCCGGGAGGGAUCUGCUUGGCGGGGCGGUGAGGGUCGAGGAGGUGGUGAAGCGCUUGGCUGCUAUGGUCUGA